AUGGCGAACGAGACAUUCCUUCGAGGCAACUGUAUUGCACCCUUCUACGAUGCUUCAAGGUUCCCGUCAGACGAGGUCACUCGCGGACGGCUUUGUGCACCAAUUGGGGGCCUCCCCGGAACGCCUACUUGCUGUCUGCCAUGUCCGGCGACGGAUUGGUCAUAUUCCGACAGCUUCAAAACAUACGACCGAAUAGCAUCCUGGCUCAAUGUCGCUGGACUGGUCUUGAUGGUGUUCAUGCUGGUGUCAUACGUGGUGUUGCCGGCACAGAAGACUCGAAGCCAUUACCUUUCGGUGUGCUUGGUUGUAUCCUGCAUGAUGCUAUCGAUAGGCUUCAUCAUUCCAUUAGCGGCAAAACCGGAUCAAUGCUUUAACGAAAUCACUCCGCACGACAUGUACUCAUCCGGAGAAUGCGCCUGGAGCGGAGCUUUCCUUCUCGCAGGCGGGCUUUCAGCGACGUUGUGGAUCUUCAUCAGAGCGCUGUCGAUGAACCUACAAAUCUGUUGGGAUAUCGUACCUGGUCGGAGAUUCUUCUACCUUUCGCAGGCGAUAGGCUGGGGUAUUCCAGCGGCGCUAUUCGCCGCAUCCAUGAGCAUUACGGGUGUCAGCUUCCGCUUUGGCACCGCUUGCCACAUCAACCAUGAAACUUCAAUGCAGGAUUUUUGGGGGCCGUUGCUAGGAUUUGCUGGCGCUGCAGGCGUGCUACAGCUCUUUACCUUCGCCUACUGUGUCAAGGUGUACCUGCAGAGUCUCUGGACCGACCAGUCGUCAACAGCGGGCUCUGAUGAUACAGGCCUACCGUCAUACACAAGCAGUGUACGUGCGCAGACAGCGAGCGCAGUCUUUCGUCGCUUGAAGAAAGUCUUGUGGCUGCAAUGGCGCGGCAUCACCAUUGUCAGCAUUAUCCUGGUCGACGUGGUCUUCUUUGCGAUUGUUUUCGUCUAUCUGGACGACCUGCAGGCAUCGGUUCUGACCGACUGGCACAAAGUGGAGCCUUGGCUGGAAUGCCUCGCUUUCCACCCGAACGACAAGGACGAGUGUCUCAGCCUCGUCAACAACUUCGUCGUGACCGAGUCGACCGUAGUCGCCGUUCUAUUACUUCUCUCAUUGGCUGGUUUCCAAUGCUUUAUUUUCUUGACUCGACCAGAGAUAUUCCCAGCCUGGGGAGAGUACAUUUACGGCAAAAUCUGGCCACAGAGGCAGGAGUUUGUGAGCUUAGACGCC